UCCCGACCUUAUAGUGGUGAUCAUGGAUCUCUUCGGACAACUAGUUGAUUUACCUAAUGAAAACAAAAGAUUCCUUGAAAAAGAUAAAAAUGCCAGACAAUUUUGGAGCUGUGAAUGGACGUUCCAAACAUUUAAAGAUAACCAUUUAUGGAACGACAGGGUCGUUCAAAAGUUACAAAAUUGGAAUAUGAUAACCCUAAGUUCUGUGUGCCAAUGGGUUGCUUCAUAUGAUGGUAUAUUGAAGUCAAUUACAGCAGAAAACAUGUGCUUGAAAUUCAGUAUAAGGAUAUUGUCGAAACGAAACUAUGAAAGGUUUCGUCAUUUAAUGGAAGAAAAUCAAAUAGAAAGAGAUUUAGAAUCAAUCCUGUUAGAUAAAGAAGUUCUACACUACAAUCCUAGAAGCAGAUAUAAUAUAAAGAUUCUACAUCAUCAUUUCUCCACAAAGGAAGCUGACAUUAGACACAUAGGAUUCGAAAGCGAUGACUCUGGACUUUCUUCUUUUAACCCAGACCCUGAAAAUCUAGCUCAGGAAGCUGUGCCAGACGAAUGGUUAAACAACCACACACGCCGUAUGGAGGAAAUGCAGAGAGAACUGAAAGAGUCUCAACAGAAAUGUCUUGAAACCUUAAAUGAAAACUUUAAAGCAAUAUGUGAAAAAAUUAAUGUACAAAUAAGAGAAGUCGAUAAAAAGAUGGAAAGACUGAAUGAGGAUAUAAAGAGUAGUGAUGCACAAACUGAAAAGAUGUCUAGCGGCAGGUUUCAGCAUGUGUUUCAGAAAGUGGAGCUUUUACGUCGGCAACAGGAGGAAACCUUUUCCAAAGUUACACAACUUGAAAGCACCACGACAGAAUCUAACGCACUUGUUUAUGAACUUCAUCAGAAAGUCGAUUCAUUGAAAAGGACUGUGCAGCAAUCUACACAACACCACAGCGGAGAUGCAAAGGAUAAAUCUUCUGAGUGCACGCAGUUAAAGGAAUUACUAGCAAGGAUUAUAGAGAGCAUGGAAAUGGACGGUUACUUGAAAUGUAAACGUUAUUCACAAUGUUUAUCAAGAGAACAACAAACUUUCGAAUCUGAGGAAAAUUUGUCUGAUGUUAUGCAACCCUAUCAGGCUAAUGGUAAUGCAUGUAGAGACUCUCAAGACCUGGAAAACAUUGAGUCCAAUCCUUCCACGUCGAUAGAGGACGUUAACGAUAUAACAGAUAAAAAUUCAACGAUGUCAUUUAGGAAAGAAACCAACGAAACAUUAAGGCACGGGAUGGACGAUUUAUUUAUUUGUGAAUACAAUGACACUAUUUACCCAUUUUACAUUGAAGAACCUGCUCUCAAACAGGUACCGGAUGACAUCUCCUCAGAAUCAAACAGACCCAUGUCUCCCACACUCGAGAAGGCAAUCAGCGAAUACGGAGGUGAAUUAUUCGUUUCAGGAGAAAGGACAGGAUUACUAGAAGUUAUGACUACGGAAUCAACAAGUUCUGAAGAGGCAAGGGAAACCGAAUCUUACCAAAAUAUUAUCAAGGAAACAAAUGGGAGAGACCAGGAAUAUGUAACGAAGAAAUAUUACACGGAUAGUGAUCAAAAUCCGAACAUCUCUGAUCAGGAAAACUCUAAACUUGUCACAAGAACAACGUUAACCGAGAACGUUCUUGAAGAUUGUGAAGGAGAUGUACAUAUUUCAAAAUUGAAUCCUAGUUUAACAGAAAAAAACUGCAUUUCUGAUGAUAAAACCCAAAUACAUAACGCCAUUGAUCGUAAUAACCCUGAUAUGGAAGUCAGCCACAGUGAAUGUGAUACAGACACCGAGGAAACCUUAAGAGUUUCAGGUCUGACAAAAUCUAAGCCAGUAAUUCGAACGGUGAAAGAGGCUCUAAGAGUUAAUGAAGAAGAGAGUCGUCUACACGGACUGGACACAAUGCUUUGUGUGGAUGUGUCGGGGAGUAUGACCUCAAAAGUUAUAGAACAAGUCAAGUCAACUAUAUUUGAUUUUCUGGACGGUGUUGAAGAAAUAGCUAUAGAUGAAGGUUUAGAAGAAAAUAUAGGGCUCACAAUUUUCGGAAGAGAAACAAAAAUAGUAGUCCAACUUACAAAUGACUACAGCAAACUUAGACAGGCAAUUGAAACACUAUCGCUUGGAGGGACCUCGCCCAUACACACUGCACUAUCUCUUUGUCGAUUAGAAUUAGAACGUAAUGGACAUGCAACAUGUAUACAUGAACACUGUGUAGCACCCCGUAUCAUUUUGUUUACUGAUGGUCGUGUAACUCGAGAUUCCUAUAUGGAUAUGUCGGAAAGUGAACAGGCACCUAAGGAUCCAGAGAAAUUUGAGGAGAUAACAACAUUUGUACGACAAUUAGGAACCGAGGGAUAUCAACUUUUCACAGUUGGAACAGGACGACAAACUAAUAAAGAAUUUCUUGAGAGUUUGGCGACUUUAGGAGGAGGGAAAUAUUUUGAUUUGGACAAUAUUUCGUUUUUGACAAAAUACUUCAAAUAUCAGUUUAUUGUUGGAGAAUUAAUACAUAGAUGCAGGGUAACUUCGAAAGGCUAUUGGAACAUGGAUUAUAAAACACAACUUCAACAAAUAAUAGAAACCCAGAACUAUAGAAUUGAUCAGCAAGACAUUAACCAAAUAGAGGAGCUUUUAAUAUUGUCAGAGGAGUUGAGUGAUGUUGAGUAUCCCGGUCUACCGAUGCUGGGAUCUCGUGUAAGAACUAAGGCAGGGGAGGUCGGGACGGUGGUCAAACACAGGAAACUGAACUGGAUCAAAAUUAAACUCGACAGAGGUGAUGUUAUUUAUCAGCACUUUAUACAAAACGCACAAAACAACGAAUUAGCAAGAGUUGAUAGUCCCCGAAAAGGAAAAGAUGAAUUCGACUUUUGUGUUGGUGCAAUGGUAGUUUGUAAAGGUGAACCAUCCAAAAGAAGAAAAGGAUAUAUAUACGACAAGCUGAAUGUAGGAUUUGUGAAGGUGAAGUGGCAAGAAGGAUUGAGAGGAAUUUUGAAAAUACGAGACCUUCAUCUUCACAAUGUAUCUCAGAGUGAAAGAUGCGAUCUUUGACUGUUACAGAGAGUGGUCCUUACAUUAAACAUUGUAUUUUUGUAAUCUUUUACUGUAUCAUAUGCAUUUAUUUUAAAUAAAACAAGAAUGGAAGGAUA